AUGUUUAGAUCCAGGAUAAACGGUAAACUAAAAUACUUUAUCGGUAUCAAGUCUUUAAAAGGUGCUACACUUUACCUCUCAUUAUGCAAUAGGGUAUCACAUUAUCGAUUGAUGCAUUUAAUAAAUAAAUUUUCUGUUAAGGUUUUCCCAUUUUUAGAAUAGAAAUUGUAAAAUCAGAAUAGGAAAAUUCAUCCAUAGUUUAAUUUAUAUCUAUAGAGAAUGGAUGAAAUAAUCUAGAAGUAAUAAUUUAGUUAUUUUAGUAAAUGUAUAACUUUUUCUAAUCCUGAGGAGGUUGAUAUUCUUGAAGAAUCUGAACUUAUAAGAGAGUGAGACUUUUCAGUAGUUAAAAGAGUUAAUUAACAUUCUCUCUAGUAUAAAGUUCAGGCAAAAAUAAUCAGGAAUAAUAAAAAAAGGUUGAGAUUAAAAAGCAAUAAAAAUAAAUAAAGGAAAUUUAGUCUACCGAUAAUUUUGACUAAAAAAGAUAUUUAAGCAUUUAUAAAGAAGAAAAUUGUGAUCAAAAAAGAUAAAAAAAUUUAGGCAUACAAGAAACAAUAAAGUAGAAUUAUAAAUUCUGUAAUAUUUAAAUCAAGAUUUUAGGGAAAUUUUAUCAUAGCCUAUGUAAAACUAAUUUUUAAUAGAUAUUGUCCAUAUAUAGCUUAAUUUUGUAAAGAUGACACAAAUGACUAGAAUAAUAUGCCCUUAUUUUAAGAGCAUUUAUUUAUGGAAUUAUAUCUACAUACAUCAUUAGAUCAAUUUAGAGCUAAGUUCUAGAAAACAUAAAGUUUAGAUACUAGACUAUAUAUACUUUUGUAAAUAACUCAUGCUCUAAGAUAUUUAUCUUCUCAUGGUGUGAUACACAACAAUCUUGAGCCUGGUAAUAUAUUAGUAUUUAUAUCAUUGUUCAUUAUAUUAGAUUUCUAAACAUUACUUUGCAAAAAUAACAGAUUUUGGAGAAGCAAUGUAUAAGAGAGGAGGUUAAAUUUUAGUAUAAGGAGGAGAUGGAAAAACACUCCCAUAUGCUGCUCCUGAGUCUUUACUAGAAGAUCCAAACAAUACAAAACUUAAUUAAUCUAAAAUUGAUCAUAAAUCUGACAUAUUCUAUUUUGGCAUGAAUAUUUAUUCGAAAAAUAUCUCAUUGUAAAAAUUUUUGUAUUAUACUAGGAUUUCAAAAAAAGCAAUCUCUUAAAUUUACAAGAGCGAUACAAACACAAAACAUACUAAAUAAGAUCUAAUAUUGAUUUUGUCAGAACUUUUAGACCAAAACAUCAUCAUAGACCAAAUAAUUGAGUGGAUUAUUAUAUGUAUCUAGAAAAGAGGGAUUAAUGUAUCUAGAAAAGAUGUAUUGAGAAUAAUAAUACAAAAUAAUUUUUAUCUUAUAAUUUAUAUGAGUUCUGAAGUUCAUGAUCAAAUCAAACAUAAGUUUUGUUUAGUCUUUACCAAAGAAUCCAAUAUAAACCAAACCAACCUUAAAGAUGUUUUCCUCCUUCUUCUCAUAUUAGCCAUUUGGCCAUUAAUUGAAUUCCCAGAAAAUCAAGAGUAUCAUUUGACUAUCAGAAUCAUUCUAGUCUUUAUAUUAGCAAACAACUUAAGAAAUACUCAUUAAAAAAGAAAAGAUAAUGUUAAAUUUUAAGUUUAUUUUGGAAUAAGCAUUCAACUAAUCAGCAAUCUUAUUUUUGUAUAUCAAAAGCAAAGGUAUUUUUGAAUAACAAUAUUUGUUAAGCAUUUAGCAUUGUCAAAAUUAUCUAAUUACAAUUGCUUUCCUGAUACUAAUUACUACUAGAUUUCAACUUCCUCAUAUUCGUAAAAUGGCCUAUUCAAUUUCUAUUGUAUCCUUCAUCACGCAAUUGUAUUUACAGAAUUAAGUCUUCCAAAUUAUCAAGUAUUUUGCUAUCGCUUUCAUUGCUAUUGAAGGAACUAUUUGGAGAACAAAUUUUUUUAAUUCAGAAUACAAUAACAAAAUGGAGGAUUUUGCCAAAGAAUUAGACUUAAUGAGAGAAUACUAUAAUGAAUAGAUAAAUAAAUUCUAAGAUAAUUAAGAAAGUGAAGUUUAAUAUUAACUGUCUUCUAGAGCUAAUGAUUUGUUGAAGAAAUUAAGAUUAAUUAAAUAUUAACAACUUUUAAUAAAAAAUAAUACAGUUUAAAAAGGAAUUCGUCAACCUAAAAAAAAGUUAUUAGAAAUACAUUAGAAUGCCUUUUCACUUAGAUAACUACCUGAAAAUAAUAUUCAAGAUGAAUAAAGUUCGAUAUAAUAGGAUUUAUCUAAUAAUCAUUUCUAGAACAUAGAAAAUAACAAUAAUCCUCCAUAAUUUAGAAGAAAAUCAUAGAGAAUGAUGACAAGUGCAACCGAUUAAAAUUGUAGAAACAAUGAAAAUUCUAAUAGUCCAUCAUUUUCUGAAAAAAACCUUGAGGAGGUCAAAAUUACAACAGAAGAUAUUGAUGAUCUGUUGAAUUUACUAUCUGGAAAAAAAGAUUCGAUUUGGUUACCAAAAUUUUUGAGGAGUAAUUAAUUGAUAAAUGAGCAAGAAGGAUUUACAGUAGAUGCGAAAUAGUAUUUUACCAAAAUUAUUUCAUAGAUUUUUAUUAUCUCAUUUCACACAGAAAUAGCCAUCAUUUGAAUAUAUUUAAGAUAAUCUAGAUUAUGUUUAGGAGGAUGAACUUGAGAGAAUUGAUUUUAAUGUAGAUUUUCUAUAAUUUUACAGAAACAAAUCUUAAGAUAAUAUUUAAACUAGGAUAUUUUUAGAAAAUACAAUAAACUAUUUUAAGAAAUUUAAAAUAACCUAAACUUUAAAAAUCACGAAACCUGAAAUGAUUGGAGAACUUGCUAUAAGAAUUGAUAUGUCAUACCAUAAUAAUUUAUACCAUAAUUCGAUGCAUGCUCUUGAUGUAACAAAUUCAACUGGUUUUUUCUUGGAGAAUGGCUUGAAUGAAUUACUAGAUGAUUUUGAAUAAGCUUGUUUAAUAAUAUCAUCUUUAGGACAUGAUAUUGGGCAUCCUGGGUUGAAUAAUGGAUUUAUGAUGAGCAACAAAUGCAAAUUAGCAUUAUUAUGUAAUAUUGAAUGAUUAUUCUUAGAUAAUGAUUAAAGUGUGCUUGAGAAUUAUCAUUCUUUUUUAUUAUUCUAAAUGCUCUCCUAAGAUCAAUUUAAUAUAAUUCAGAAUCUGGGAUAGAUUGAAUAGAAAGGUUUUAGAAAAUAUUGUUUAAAUCUAAUCUUGGAUACCGAUCUUACAAAACAUUUUUAAUUGAUGAACAGAUUCUAGAAUUAUUUAGAAUUGACAGAAUCAUAAGAUCUUGAUAAAAACUUGUUAAUGUCUAUUUGCAUCAAAUGUGCAGGUAUACAUACAAUGAUUAUCAUAAAGAUGUUGGUCAUGGAGCAAAGCAAUUAAAAAUGCACAAACUUUGGAGUAGAAGAAUUAUUGAGGAGUUUUUCUUGCAAGGAGAUUUGGAAUCAUAUUUGAAAGUACCUGUGUCUCCAAUGUGCGACAGAAACUAGUGUGUAACAAAAUCUUAAGAGGGAUUUCUCAAAGCCAUAGUUUUACCAAUGUUCAAUGCAUUCGUUACUUUAUUGCAGAAGUACAUGAUAGUCUAAGUCUGCAUAGUAAAAAAGUGACAGAAGUUUGUUUGCAGCAGAUUCAUGAGAACUUGAAGUAUUGGUAGCAGCAAACUGAUGAUGUUCAAUUUAUGAAGGAGACUUAGAUAGAAGGACCAGGUAUAGAAAAUUUGAAGAAAUUUUUGAAUUAACCAUUAUAAUUAUGUAUUUGA